AUGAAAUCAAUAGUCUCAAGACGCAGAUGGUCUGCAGUUUCCCUGAUAGAGCUUUCACAAUAUCCAGCAGACACUCUCGAGCCUGGAAACAAACCUUUAUUACCUUUAAGGCACCUAACAAAAGAAGAUUUUUUCCCUGCAACCCCUAUUGCAGACGACGAUAUCGAAAAGAGCAAAUGGGUGAUCCACCCUGAAAGUUCAUGAAAACUCGUAUGAGAUAUUCUCAAUAUGAUGACAAUUUUCUAUCAAGCUGUAACUGUACCAUUCUUCUUGGCCUUCACUGUUUCUGAUACGGAAACAUGGAGUUUUAUUGAUGAUGCGAUCACAGUUUUCUAUAUCACUGACAUGGCAUUUUGUUUUAAUACAGCAUAUUACCAAGGUGGAGCUGUAAUAGCUUCUAGGAAGCAAAUAGCCAAGAAUUAUUUGAAAUUAUGGUUUUGGGUAGAUCUUUUUACAACAUUUCCUUAUGAUACAGUCAUCUCUAUGUCAUCUGGAAAAGACACUAACAGUAGUUAUUCAAGCGCUGCUAAAUUGUUGAGGAUUUUGAAGUUUAAUAGGAUUUUAAGACUUAUUAGGCUGGCAAAACUGAAGAAAAUUUUGAUUGAAGUUGAAGAUUAUAUAUCAAGCCAUUAUAUAGCAAAUUUACUAGUGUUUGUAAGAUUAGUUGUUUUCGCGUUUUUUAUCGCCCAUUGAACUGCCUGCAUAUGAUAUUAUAUUGCUCUAAACGAUUCAGAAACUCAUCCACAGACCUGGCUGAACACAGCUUAUAUGGAAUCCACCAGCAAUACAGAAGUCUAUAUAACAGCUUUAUAUUGGGCCUUUACCACAAUGGCCACUGUAGGAUAUGGAGAUAUAUACCCAAUUACAAAUAACGAAAUCAUCUUCGCAAUCAUAGCAAUGGCUGUUGCUUGCGGUAUGUUUGCAUACACAGUAGGUAGUAUAGGAGGCCUAGUCUCCAAGCACAGCGCUGAAGAAAACGUAUACCGAGAACAAUGCGUUGCUAUCAAUGCUUAUAUGAAGGACAAAAAGCUCUCGAAUGAUUUAAAAUUCAGAGUAAGGAGAUAUCUUGACUAUAUUUGGGAAAACCUCAAACAAAGUAUGAUGGGAGAAAACGAAAUCCUUGCCCUGCUGUCAGAGCCUUUGCGUGAAGAAAUUUUUGUUCACACAAGAGGUCAGACGCUGAAUAUUUGCAGUUUGUUUAGCAGUUUUCAGAAACACUUUUUAUUACAGUUAACGAAGCUUUUGGAGCCGAAGACUUUUGCCCCAAAUGAUUCUGUUUUUGAAGAAGGAGAAAAGAGUACAACACUUUAUUUUAUUCAAAAUGGUAUUGUGGAGUUAUAUCAUCACGAUACACAGUCUAUCUUUAAAGAGCUUAAGUCUGAUAAUUAUUUUGGCGAAAUAGCUUUGUUUACUUUUAGGCCAAGGUGCUGCUCUGCGCGAUGCUGCGAAUUUGUCGAAACUUUGUCUUUAUCAAGAGAAAAAAUGGACAGCUUGCUUGAAAGAAACCCGGAUGCAGCUAGAAUUUGUGAUUAUUUUUACAAACAGUGCCAAGAUGGCGACUUAAGCAUAUUGGGCGUCGCAUGCUAUCUCUGUGGGGAGGUAGGCCAUGUUUCUCCUAACUGUAAGCGUGUUCUUCUCAAUUUUGAUAAUGAAAUACUCAAGAAAAAGUGGCUUAACUCUAGAUCAGGAGAAAGCAUAUCAGUAAACCCUUACGAACUUCAAGAAAACAGAAGAGCUCGCAGGGUAAAAGCUUUGAAAUACAUGGCAGCUAAUGUUGUGGGCUCCGAAAGAGACCCUUCAAUAUUAUACAACGAAAAUCCAGCCCUCACUAAAAAAAUUAACAAAUAUCUAGACAAAGGCAGCCUCAGCGGUAUUUUAGAGCCUGUCACCCCAAGACCAAGAGCAACCUCUUUCAGAGAUCAAGCAAGGCCAGCUGUUGACCACAUUCUUAAUAUGACUGAGCCUGACAUUUUUGAUGAAGAUGCCAGCCCAAUCCGAACUGACAAAUUUGAUAGAAGCUUAAUCACAGCUAAAGGAGCAAGCGGAAGUGGCAUAAAAGUAAGCAAAAUAAGCCAGAUCUUAGGGAAUGAAGAUGAGUAUGAAUUUGAUAGCAAUCCACAAGAACCUAGACAGUAUUUGAGGAUUCCUCAAAGCUUGCUUGGUGAAGAUUCGCUGAAAGAUAUUUUUCCUGAUGAAAGAAUAUGCAUUAAGAUACAUUACUAAGAUUUUAAAGUGGUAAUCUCUUCAGCGAGGAGUUUUAUCAAAACCUCUCUUUCAAUUCCCAAUUUUUGAUGUCAACAGCCAUCUUGCCCAACAAGCAUUCCAGAAAACCCAUCAAAAGGGCCAAAAAGCUUCCACUGGUGUUUUGCCUCGCUCUAUACUUGAUUUUUGCGCGUGUUCCACCUAAGGGUCACCUUCCUUGGGGGUGCCAAGCGGUAAAACUACUAUACGUGCAAUAAUGCAGAGCCAAGCGACUUACCUUAAAUGAUAAGCCAUAUUUUGAAUUGUAGAUAAGAAAACCGAAUCCCAGGAAAGGUUUAUAGAGUAAACAGUUUCCGCACAUAGCGAUUUUAUUAUUAUUAUGAUGAAAGAAUAUAUAGAAACUCCGGAUAG